GCUUUGGCCUCUUUCUCUUCUAUUUAAAGAGAAACAAAAUACAUUGGCUUUUCAUUCAUUCUCUGGCCGACGUCGUUGCGCAGAUGAAAAAUAUUAUGUGGCGGAAGUUCAAGUCUCACUUUACAAGGGCCGGAGGAUCUAGAAAGGGUGGCGUGGAUAGCUUGUGUACGAAGUCAAACGUGAAUGAAGAAUACAUGGAAGCCUUCAGAACCAAGUCUUACAUAGAAAUUCACAGCAAAGUUCAGGGUCAGCUCAUGAACGAACUCCCCUCCUCCUCCUCCUCCUCCUCAUCUUUUCCUUUCUAUAUCCAUCUCUCCGACUACCUCCUCGAGCCAUGCCAAGAAACCCUAGCCAACAUGAUCCAAACCCUAAAUCUCCAUCACCUUCUUAUUGACUACUUCCAAGCCAGCUUAGAAGCAUGCAAGAUCUGUGAAAUACUCCUCCUAAGAAUCCAUCAAACACGCGCUAAUUACCAAAUAAUCAAAAGGGUAAUUAAGCUAACCAAAAGGCUUGAUGAUGGCGAAUACUACACCACAGAACAGUAUGGAACCAUAUUCAGAGAGCUAGCUAAGUUCUCAAAGCUCACCAACCCAUUAAUGGCCGCUGGCCCUGUGCAGUUCCAUGAUAUCCAUGAAAGCUGCAAGACUUUGCUGCCUAAACUCGUAUCGAAAAGCAAGAAAACCCGAAGGAGAGCGAAGCUUAACCGGCUGUGCAAGAGGGUUGCAGGGUUUAGUCUCAUUAUCUCUUAUAGUGCAGUGGCGGUUGCUCUGGUGGUGCUGGCGAUUCAUAGCAUAGUUGGCAUUGUGAUAGCACCAGGGCUCAUGGGUUGUUUUGUGGGUGCAGUUAGGAAUAGGUAUGUGUUUGCUCGUAGGGGACUUGGCACGUGCUUCCUUGAAAGACUUGGGGAACAGCUGGAUGCUGCAGCAAAGGGGAUUUACAUUUUGGUCAACGAUUUUGACACCAUGAGUCGACUGGUGAGCAGGUUAUACGAUGAGGUAGAACACAGCAAAGCCAUUGUUGAUAUGUGUGUUAGAAAUGGAAAGAGCGAGAUGUUGAUGGAGGUGGUGAAGGAAUUUCAUGUCCAUGACUCUUUCUUUCUGGAGCAGCUGGAAGAGCUUGAAGACCAUAUCUACUUGUGUUUGCUCACCAUAAAUAAAUCUAGAAUGCUUGUUAUCCAGGAAAUAAGGGACUCAGAGUAGUCAUCAUUUAUGUUUCUGUCAGCAGUGUCUGGAUGUUGACCCGCUCAACCAAUUUAGAGAACGGGUCUUUAGACUCAUCAUCAAAAUUAUA